AUGAGUUUAGCAGAAAAAUUAAAUGAAAGAAAACGUAACGCAGAAGUAGUAUAUGAAGGAUUUGGAAAAAUUAAUCAAGAAGUAAAAUUGGGGAAGAGAAGAUCGAUUAAGAAAAAUGAAGUAGAAGAAGAAAUAUCAAAAAAAUUACCUUUCUUUAUGAGAAGAAAAGAAAGAAUAAAUGAAAAGUAUGAUUUUAUGAUGAACAUAAGUGAAGAUGAUGUUGAUGUACAAGAAACUGCUAAUAUUUUACAUUCUUAUCUAAAUAUAAGCGAAUAUAUUGGAAUAAGAUUGUCUUUAUUAUAUAAAACAAAACAGUAUUAUUUAUUUAAAAACUAUUUGAUAGCAAUAAAAGAUGUUCUCGAAGGUUUCCGUGUACUAAAAGUUACAAGAAAUGGAACACUCCGAAAAAAAAAAUUGAAUUUCAAUUGUUAUCAUAUGAGCAUAGUAGGUAGUUGGACUAGGAAAAUAUUAUUAUAUGAUGAAAUAAUAGAUAUAAGUAUUGGUAGUAGCUGCACACCUGAAUUACGUAUUUACGAAAGUAAGUUCAGAGAUAAUGAGAAAAGAACACAUUAUGUAGUCCUCAGAACAAAAUAUAGAGACUAUAGCUUUUUGUUUUUAAUGGAUGAUGAAAUUUCAAAAAGAGAUAAGAAUUUAUCAGUGCUAGGAACAUUUAAAAAAUUAUUAAAAAAUAAGGGCACUAUAGAUAAAAAAAAAAAUUCUGUAAAUACAAGUAAUAAUUCAGAAAUGAAGGAUAGUAUUAUAGGUAAUAAUGCAGAAAAUUUUGAAGAAACAAUAAAGAAAAUAGAUGAAAAUUAUAAAAAAAAAAUUAAUAUUAAAAAUAUUACUACAAAUAAUAAAAUAAAUGAGGAAAAAAAUAAUAAUUUGUAUAGCUUUAAGGAUUUUUUAUUGACAAUUCUAAAAAGUUUAAAAGGAGAAGAAGUGAAUAUGGAAAAUGAAAAAAUGAAGGCUAUAUGUAAGCCAAGUAACAAGAUUUAUUUUGAUAAAUAUAACUUUGAUAACAAAAAAAUUAAUUCUUUUUUUCUUUUUUGCCAAAUACAAUUAGACGUAUGCGGCCCCGAAGUUUGGUUUACCUCCAAAUUUAAUGAUAUUAUUUUCACAUAUAAUAAUUAG